AUGGUCGUGUUUGUGGCAAUGGAAUAUAAUAUUACUCUGGGUAUCCUGGGAGCCAAUAUUAAUGAUAUGUUUGAUAAUUCGAAGAACCAGGGACUGUGGCUUGGAAUCGACCAUGUCAGUAUCUCAAGCAAGCUGCUCCCAAUAAUCCAGUCUUUUCGCAAUCAUAAAUUCCCCUGCAGUGCGCUAGCCUCCUCGUUAUGGAUGGAAGACCAAAAACCAGAUGUAUAG